UUGCUCACAAAAAACAUAUAAAACCCAACUCAUUUCUAUUUUCCUCUGACAUACAAAUUUUAAGAAUAAUAAACCCAACUCAUUUCUAGUCAAUAAUAAUAAUAAAAAUGAUGAAACACAUUGCUACAUUUCUAGUUCUCAUCGUGGUUCUCCUCUCCUCUACAUCUAAAGCAACGAGUAGUGGUGAUGACAACAGCCACAAGGCGUGGAACCUAUGCAAAGGAAAGAAGAUUCACAACGCACCGUUUUACUGUAAACAACCAGAGUGCAGCCAGCUAUGUGGAGACAUUCAUCCAAGCAUAAGAGGUUUCGGAAGCUGUAGAAAUGAAGUUUGCCAGUGUCUCUUCUUUUGCCCUGCUAACAAAAACUUAAGGAAAGACUUCAUCAAGGCUAAUAAACUAUCCAACAUCACAAAACUACCUAAGAUGUCUUCAUCAUCAUCAUCAUCUUCUUCCUCUUCGCCUACUUCUAAACAUAUUAAGAAGCCUUGAAAUUGACUUUGCUAUAUCUAAGAUAAUAGUAGUAGAGUUAUUAAGCUAGCUAUAUAUAGUUCUAGGAGAUAUAUAAUUAAAGAUAUAAUAAGACUUUUCUUUUUCCUUAGAGAAAAUGAUGGAACUACUAUACUGUGAUAUUAAUGUGUUGAAGUUAGGUAGCUAGUAUUUUGAACUUUUCUCAGCAUAUAAUUACCACUCAAUAACAACGUAACUAAGGAAUAUUGUCACAUUUGCAUUUAUAUACAUAUAUAUAUUUUCUUGUGGUGAA